AUGAAAAGGUUUUACUACGAAUAUUACUAACAAAUAAACAAUAGAAGAAAAACACUCAAUAAUAAGAGUGAAUUAUUUAUUGGAAAAAAGGAGAACGAGGGAUCAACUAUUCAUUCUAUUGAAUAGUUAAAAUCGAAAAAGUUUUCUAUUUCAAGGCCAAUAAGUUCAAUUAGUCUUAAGAGAAAUAGCACACCUUAAAUCGAUAACAGUUUUAAUCUAAUAAGUCUCAAUGAAUUUGCAUUGAUUUAAUAAUAUAAAUCAGUGAAUUUAUUGUCACAUUAGCUAAACCGAUCAUCAAAUAAAUAAUUCAGAAAAAGGAUUAUCAGUUCAGAUAAAACCCAAUAGCUUCGACCAUUUCCAAACAAAUCGAUAAUUAUAUCAAAUUUUAAUGUGGAAUGA